UGCAGGUCUGAAUGCCUCGCAACAGCUCCAGAUUGAACAUCUCGUGCAGCAAAUCAAGGACUCCGCGAUCCUGCAUGAAGCCAUGGUGGAGGAAAACGAAAAACUGCGAAGGGAAGACAAGGAGAAUCGGCUGAAGAACCUCAAGCAAGUGAAUGCCUUGCAACUCAUGGCACGGACUUUGCAGGGGCAGGUGGAUGUGAACGAGGCCCAAAUCAAGGAGCAAGGACUCCAGGAAGAGGAGAACGAGGCCGAGAAGGAGGUCAUGCAUGAGAAACUUGCACUCCAAACCGAGGCCCUUCGCAUCACGAGCAUGCGUUUGCAAGAUGCCCUCCAGCGCCAUGACAACGAAGCUCUCCGCAAUCAGCAAGAGAUUAAUGCUUUGAAGUUGCAGCUGGCCAUGGAGCGCAAGAAGACCGCCUCCUUCGGAGCGUCUGCUGCUUCGGCAUCUUCCUCUUCCUCUUUGGAUCGUGAGGACGGCAUGCAGGAAGAUGCCGCGGAGUUCCUGGAGCAACGCGUCAACGAUCUUCAGGAGGAGCGCAAUUUGCUCAUCGGGAAGAUGGAAAUCAACCAGGUACAGUUCCAGCUUCAACUGGAGGAACUCCACCGAGAAUAUGCUUUGAAGAUGCAGGAGCAGCAAGAACGCUUCAUGGAUCAGAUCGCAGCCCUUCGCACUCAGCUGGAUCUCCAGCACAUACCAGCUUCGAUCACCUCACUUCAGGAAGCGAGUAGCAGCCAUCCCACACUGCGAGACGAAGGUCCUGCGCUCAACUGGAGUCCUUCGGUCACUUCAAGCUCGCAGGAAGGACUGGAAGCUGCUAGUGAUAUGGAUUCCGGACCAGCCCCGCGGACGACAUCGACGCCGACGCGGAGUGUUGUCAGCUCAGGCACCGACAGUGGAACGGAUGAUUCGUCUGGUGCCGUUCGGAGUUUGAUCUGGCGGAUUUUGAAUGUGCUUCCCAACGUGGCGGCGCUCAUGUGUAGUAUGGAUGCUGUGAUCAUCCAGGAUGUCACUCGAAGAGUCGGCAUCCUUUUAGGUCAAGGGACCACCUUGAUUGGCAAGUCUGUCUAUACCCUUGUGAAGGAGAAGAAUGUGAUGUCUUUGCAACGCACCAUCAUGGCCAACAAGCCGCCAGAGGACACUGAAUUCAAACUACAGACGCUCUCACUUGCCCGCCAUGAAUUGGAAGUGCCUGGUCAUCGGCCGGUGGACGCCUUCGUCGCCGCAGUCCACCUGCCAGGGCAUGUUUUGCUCCUGCUGGUGGAGCAGCCGUCGGAGAAAGGGCAUCAAAGGUCUGUGGCGAGCAGUGAUGUUUGCCCCAGUGACAGUAUCAGUGUUGGUCACAAGCGGCCGCAGAUAGUGAAUAGCGAAGUGCAAAGGACCAAGUUGAGAGCGUCCUUCUUUUCGAGCCGCCGAUCGGCGACCAGGGAUGAGACCAAAAGCGACUCGAGUUCUUCACCGCGAAGCUCCAAUGUGAGGUGAAUGCAGGACCCGCAUGAAAGCACCAGACCGGAAAACCCGAGGUCGACC